CACAACUCCUUGUCCCCUGGCUCAUGAGAAUUUGAGCUGGAAAUCCAGCAUGCCCUGAUAAGUGGAAGUCCUGCAACUUCAAGACAUGGAGUCAUCUUUCUCAUUUGGAGUGAUCCUUAUUGUCCUGGCCUCCCUCAUCAUUGCUGCUAACGCACUAGUGGCUGCGGCUGUGCUAUUGUUGAUCCACAGGAAUGAUGGUGUCAGUCUCUGCUUCACCUUGAAUCUGGCUGUGGCUGAUACCUUGAUUGGUGUGGCCAUCUCUGGCCUAAUCACAGACCAGCUCUCCAGCUCUUCUCAGCCCACAUCGAAGACCCUGUGCAGCCUUCGGAUGGCAUUUGUCACUGCCUCUGCAACUGCCUCUGUCCUUACAGUCAUGCUGAUCGCCUUUGACAGGUACCUUGCCAUCAAGCAGCCCCUCCGCUACUUCCAGCUCAUGAGUGGGCUCGUGGCUGGGGCCUGCAUUGCCGGGCUCUGGUUGGUGUCUUACCUCAUUGGCUUCCUCCCACUCGGAGUCCCCAUGUUCCAGCAGACCACCUACCAGGGGCCCUGCAGUUUCUUUGCUGUGUUUCACCCUCACUUCGUGCUGACCCUCUCCUGCGUUGGCUUCUUCCCAGCCCUGAUCCUCUUUGUCUUCUUCUACUGUGACAUGCUCAAGAUUGCCUCCAUGCACAGCCAGCAGAUCCGAAAGAUGGAACAUGCAGGAGCCAUGGCUGGAGCUUACCGGCCCCCACGAACUCCCAACGUCUUCAAGGCUAUCCGCACUGUGUCUAUUCUCAUUGGGAGCUUCACCCUGUCCUGGGCCCCCUUCCUUAUCACUGGCAUUGUGCAAGUGGCCUGCCAGGAGUGCCUCCUCUACUCCGUGCUGGAACAGUACCUGUGGCUGCUUGGUGUGAGCAACUCCCUGCUCAACCCACUCAUCUAUGCCUAUUGGCAGAAGGAGGUGCGGCAGCAGCUCUACUACAUGGCCCUGGGAGUGAAGAAGGGGCUCACCUCAUUCCUCCUCUUCUUCUUGGCCAAGAAUGGUGGCCCACAGAAUCCCAGGGAAAGUUCCUGUCACAUCAUCACUAUCUCCCACUCAGAGCUUAAUGGCUAAGACGGUAAGGGCAGAGAAGUUUCAAAGUGCCUUUCCCUUCCCCACUCUGGCCCCCAACUAGGAGAUCAGAUGGAACUAGGGGAAUGAGAGC